AUGGCUGCUGCGAACUAUCUGCCAUCUGAAGAUCAGUUUCUGUGCUCCAUCUGUCUGGAUGUGUUCACUGAUCCUGUCAGCACACCAUGUGGACACAACUUCUGCAAAAACUGCAUCACUGAAUACUGGAAUACCAGCAACAGGUGCCUGUGUCCAAUGUGUAACAAGGUUUUUAUCACAAGACCUGAGAUGCAUGUCAACACUUUCAUCUCUGAGAUGGUCGCUCAGUUCAAACAGUCAACUCAACAGAAAGCCAGCAGCAGCAGCAGCUCACAGCAACAAUGUGAUAAACAGGAAAUUUCCUGUGACGUCUGCACUGGAACCAAACUGAAGGCCCUGAAGUCCUGCCUGGUGUGUCUGGUCUCCUACUGUGAGACUCACCUGGAGCCUCAUCUGACAAUGCCAGGCCUGAGAAGACAUCAGCUGAUCAAUCCUAAGACAUGUGUCUGCAUGCUCUGCACUGUUUCAGACCACAAAACACAUGAAGUUGUUCCUCUGAAAGAAGGAUAUAAAGAAAAGAAGGCUGAGUUGGCUAAGAAAGAGGCUGAAAUUCAGCAGAUGAUCCAGAAGAGACAACAGAAGAUUCAGGAGAUCAAACGCUCCAUUAACCUCAGUGUCAAAGAUGCAGACAGAGCAAUAGCAGAAGGUGUUCAGGUCUUCACUGCUCUGAAGAGGUCUGUUGAGAGAGGCCAGGUCGAUCUCAUUAACACGGUCAAAGCAAAGCAGAAAACAACAACAAAAAUGGCAGAAGGCUUCAUCAAAGAGCUGGAACAGGAAAUCUCUGAGCUGAUGAAGAGAAGAACUGAGCUGGAGCGGCUCUCACACUCUGAAAAUCAAUUCCACCUCCUCCGAAGCGUCCCACCAGUGAAAGCUGCUCCACUCACCAAGGACUGGACAGAGGUCAGCAUCUGUCCAUCAUAUGAGGGGACUGUGGUGAGAGCUGUGUCUCAGCUGGAGGAGACACUCAGUGAACAGAUGAAGAAGCUGGUUGAAGCUGAGCUGAGGAAGGUCCAGCAGUAUGCAGUGGAUGUGACUCUUGAUCCUGAUACAGCACAUCCUGCUCUCAUUCUGUCUGGCGACAGAAAGAAAGUAUAUCCUGGAGAUGUGAAGCAGAAUCUCCCAAACAACCCAAAGAGAUUUUCUCUCAAUCCCUGUGUUUUAGGAGAGCAGAGUUUCUCUUCAGGCAGAUUUUACUUUGAGGUUCAAGUGCAAGGAAAGACUGAAUGGGACUUUGGAGUGGCCAGAGAGUCGAUCAACAGGAAGCAAGACAUCCCUCUGAGCCCUGAGGAUGGUUACUGGACUGUAUGGUUGAGGAAAAGAAAUAAGUACAAAGCUCUUAAUAACAUUCCAGUCAGUCUCUCUCUGAGGUCUCAGCCUCAGAAGGUGGGGGUGUUUGUGGAUUAUGAGGAGGGUCUGGUCUCCUUUUAUGACGUAGAUGCUGCAGCUCUUAUCUACUCCUUUACUGGCUGCUCCUUCACUGAGAAGCUCUUCCCAUACUUCAACCCAGGUCUUAAUGAGGGUGGUAAAAACUCUGCCCCACUGGUUCUCUCUCAUAUGUAG